CAGCCGUCGUCAACACAACUGAGGAAGUAGCAAGAAGCUAACCUGGCUAACGUAAACUAAGUGCUACGGUCAAUACGUUGUUUUAUUACCAAUCGUAUCGAGGUACUCAGUGUUACGUUAGUUGUUAUCGACGAAGUAGCUGACUGUCUUUGUUCGGUUUUCAGCCGACAUGGAGUGAGAGGGAACAAUGUUUUGGAGCAGUAGCCGUGGCUUGCUAACUUCUUAGCUAGCAGGCUAACGAUCAGCUGUUGUUUUGGUCGGAGAGAUAGCUGGCUUACAAGCCAAACUGCUUUUCAUUGCUGCAGUCAGCCACGCCAGGGUUUACUAAACCAAAUUUCCUCGUCGCCUGUCUAAACACUGCACUGCUCCGUCUGUUAAUGGCGACACACACAGGCGUACCACCCUAACAGAGUCGUCAGCGGUCCGUCAGUCAGCUGUUGUCCGACAGGCGUCAACUCCGUGUGGGAUUGAUCCAUCAGAGCGGUCUGUAAUCGAAUCAGCAAUAUCGCUUCAAGAUGCAUGACGCGUAUGAACCAGUGCCUAUUUUGGAAAAGCUUCCCCUUCAGAUUGACUGUCUCGCGGCCUGGGAGGACUGGCUGCUUGUUGGAACAAAACCAGGGCAUCUCCUUCUCUACCGAAUAAAGAAAGAUCCAGGGACCAACCGGUUUGAGGUCACACUGGAAAAAUCCAACAAGAACUUCUCAAAGAAGAUUCAGCAGCUUUACGUUGUCUCACAGUACAAAAUCCUUGUCAGUCUACUGGAGAACAACAUCCACGUCCACGACCUCCUGACCUUCCAGCAGAUCACUGUGGUGUCCAAAGCCAAAGGAGCCACGCUCUUCGCAUGUGACCUGCAGCAAGCCGUCUCAGGAGAGGAAAGGCUGAGAAUGUGUGUCGCAGUAAAAAAGAAACUCCAGCUGUAUUACUGGAAGGAUAGAGAGUUCCACGAGCUGCAGGGCGACUUUGGUGCACCAGAUAUUCCAAAGUCCAUGGCCUGGUGCGAAAACUCCAUAUGUGUUGGUUUCAAACGAGACUAUUACCUUAUUCGGAUGGAUGGCCGUGGCUCCAUCAAGGAGCUCUUCCCCACUGGGAAACAGUUAGAGCCUCUGGUCGCCCCACUGGCUGAUGGGAAGGUGGCUGUCGGGCAGGAUGACCUAACUGUGGUGCUAAAUGAAGAUGGCGUUUGCACCCAGAAGUGUGCCCUGAACUGGACAGACAUCCCCAUAGCGAUGGAGCACCAGCCUCCGUACAUCAUCGCUGUUCUCCCUCGGUACGUGGAGAUCCGGACCUUUGAGCCGAGGCUGCUGGUGCAGAGUGUGGAGCUGCAGAGACCUCGCUUCAUCACCUCAGCAGGGCAGAAUAUUGUGUACGUUGCCAGCAACCACUUUGUGUGGCGCCUGGUGCCCGUUUCAAUAGCCACCCAAAUCCGGCAGCUUCUUCAGGACAAGCAGUUUGAGCUGGCUCUCCAGCUGGCGAAGAUGAAGGAUGAUUCAGACGGAGACAAGAAGCAACAGAUACAUCACAUCCAGAAUCUCUACGCCUUCAAUCUGUUUUGCCAGAAGAGAUUCGAUGACUCCAUGCAGGUGUUUGCCAAACUCGGCACAGAUCCCACCCACGUGAUUGGACUGUACCCGGACCUGCUCCCGUCGGACUACCGCAAACAGCUGCACUAUCCCAACCCCCUGCCGACGCUGUCCGGGGCAGAGCUGGAGAAGGCUCACCUCGCUCUGAUCGAUUACCUCACCCAGAAACGCAGCCACCUGGUGAAACAGCUGAACGACUCUGACCCCUCCACAACGUCUCCACUCAUGGAGGGCACACCGACCAUUAAGAGCCGCAAAAAACUCCUGCAGAUCAUUGACACCACCUUACUGAAAUGUUACCUGCAUACCAAUGUGGCCCUGGUGUCCCCCCUCCUUCGUCUGGAGAACAACCACUGCCACAUCGAGGAGAGCGAGUACGUCCUCAAGAAGGCUCACAAGUACAGCGAGCUCAUUAUUCUUUACGAGAAGAAGGGCCUGCACCAGAAAGCUCUGCAGGUGCUGCUGGACCAGUCCACCAAGGCCAACUCUCCGCUGAAGGGCCACGAGCGAACAGUGGAGUACCUCCAGAGACUGGGUGUGGAGAACCUGGGCAUAAUCUUUGAGUUUUCUCCCUGGGUGCUGAAGAUCUGUCCCGACGACGGUCUGAAGAUUUUCACGGAGGACUUGACAGAGGUGGAGACUUUGCCCCGAGACAAGGUGCUGAAUUUCCUGAAGGAGGGUUUCACGGAGCUCGCCAUCCCGUAUUUGGAGCACAUCAUCUACGUGUGGGACGACAAGGGUCCGGAGUUUCACAAUGUGCUGAUCCAGCUGUACCUGGAGAGGGUUCAGAUCCUCAUGAAAGAGUACCUCAGCUCACUGCCAGAAGGGGUUCCAGCUGUUGCCGCAGGAAAGGAGAAGGGCAAACUGGGAGAGUUCAGGAACAAGCUGCUGUCGUUCCUGGAUAUUUCUACCAGCUACGAACCGGCCAGACUCAUCAGUGACUUUCCCUUUGAUGGCCUGCUGGAGGAACGGGCUCUGCUCCUGGGACGGAUGGGUAAACACGAGCAGGCGCUCUUCAUCUAUGUGCACGUCCUGAAAGACACCCGCAUGGCUGAGGAAUACUGCCACGGGCACUACAACAGCUCGGUUGAAGGAAAUAAAGACGUUUAUCUGUCUCUGCUGCGGAUGUACCUGUCACCCCCCGACGUCCACUGCCUGGGGCCCAUCAAGAUGGAGCUGUCGGGGCCUCAGGCCAACCUCCAGGCAGCCCUGCAGGUCCUGGAGCUUCACCACAGCAAGCUCAACACCACCAAGGCCAUCAAUCUGCUCCCAGCGAAUACUCAGAUCCGAGAGAUCCGGGUUUUCCUGGAGAGCGUCCUGGAGGAGAGGGCUCAGAGGAAACGCUGCAACCAGGUGCUGAAGAGUCUGCUGCAGGCCGAGUUCCUCAGGGUGCAGGAGGAGCGAAUCUUCCACCAGCAGGUCAAAUGUGUCAUCACAGAGGAGAAGACCUGCAGAGUUUGCAAGAAGAAAAUAGGAAACAGCGCGUUCGCCAGGUAUCCCAACGGCGUGGUGGUUCAUUACUUCUGCUGCAAAGACCGCACCGUGUGUCCCACUGAGCAGUAACAGGUUCUGUUUACUAAUAAAUAACCCCCCCCCGCCCCCCCGCCCUCCUCCUCUCCGCCCCUUUUCCUCCUUGUGGACUUCAGUGCUUGGAAAUCCAUGAACGACAAAUACAUCAGGAGCUUGGAAGUGCUCAGAUUUGGACGCUUGUUUCCAAAGCACCUUGCAGAACUUUUUUUUUUCUUCUCCCACCUGAUGCUCGACUCUCUGAGCAGAACCGGAGCUCCACUUCCUGUCUCUCUGUGCAUGAAGAAACAGGAGGAAUGUCCGGGGUCGCUCAGCA